AUGUCUUCACUUUCUUCACUUUCUUCAUCUUCUUCGUCGACGUGGUAUUCAUCAUCUUCGGGCGAGAAUGACGCAUUUUUCGAAAACAUGAUUAUGUACGCGGCUCAGAUCUUCAUGGCGGAGGAUGAAAACUCUGAAGCGUUGUCCCAACGGCAAACUAGGAGAACAAAAUUAAAUCGAGACAAAGAAUCUGCCCACGAUAAACUAGUGGCCGAUUAUUUUGCCGACAAACUUGUGUACAUGGACGAGAUGUUUCGACGUCGGGGGCAAAGGGGUUUCACUACUUUACAAAAAUGUACGUCGGCCAUUCGUCAACUGGCAUAUGGGUACGCACCCGAUGCAUUGGACGAGUACUUAAGGAUGUCCGAAAGAACCGCACGUGAAUGUUUGCACAGGUUUUGCGAAUGGGAAUGCUCGGGAGCAUUGAUUGCAUGCACUGGCCGUGGCAGAACUGCCCUACUGCCUGGCAAGUCACAGAUAUUUGACGACAUAGUGGCGGGAACAGGUCCAGACACAAGUUUUACGGUUUCGGGGGUGGAAUACAGGCAGGGCUACUACCUUGCAGAUGGAAUAUACCCAAAGUACUCGACAAUCGUUAAAACUUUUCCGCACCCGACAGAUGAUAAAAGAAAAAAAUUUGCGAAGUAUCAAGAGGGUGCGAGAAAAGAUAUUGAACAGUGUUUUAGGGUUCUACAAAAAAGGCAUAUCAUUGAACAUCCAGCACGUUCGACUACACCAAAGAGGUUACGACACAUUAUGUACGCUUGUAUCAUCCUUCAUAACAUGGUCAUUGAAGAUGAAGGUACAACGAUAUGCGAGUACGACGAAAACGCGUCUAACGGGAAUUCUGUUCCAGUUAGUUUAGUUUGGAACAACAAGAUUUGA